UCCCGGUGACGUCACCGCCCCCGCGCCGCCGCCGCCGCUCCGCCCAGGUCUCAGGUCUCAGGUCUCAGGUCUCCGGUCCCGCUGCAGCGGUCCGCCGAUCCUCUCCCGCUGCUGCCGCCGCCAAAAUGACUACAAGCGCACCUGCAGGGUCAAGUGCUGCCUCUGGCAGUAGUAGAAGACUUCAGCAGACACAGAAUCAAGUGGAUGAGGUGGUGGACAUCAUGAGGGUCAACGUGGAUAAGGUGCUGGAAAGAGAUCAGAAGCUCUCUGAGCUGGAUGACCGUGCAGACGCGCUGCAGGCAGGGGCCUCCCAGUUUGAAACGAGCGCUGCCAAGCUGAAGAGAAAAUACUGGUGGAAGAAUUGCAAGAUGUGGGCGAUAGGGGUCAGCGUGGUCGUCGUCAUCAUCAUCAUCAUCAUCGUGUGGAGUGUUUCUUCCUGAAGAACCAGUGAAAGUCCAGCCUGCUGUUCAAGAAACCUCUUCAAGAGUUUUGAUUUAGAACCUGCUAUAUUAUCAAGCUUACCUACUGUUAUAUCUAAAAUGAUUAUUUUCUGUUAGCGACUGUAAAGUUUGUUUUCUAGGAAAUGUGCCUUUGUUUUGUAAUAUGCACUCCAAACUAGAGGUGUAGUCAGCCCAGCCCCCAUUUUGCACAGUGCCUUUUCAGAUUUACAUAUGGGCUGAUGAAGAGGACUUCUUAAGUUGCAGAGUGUAAUAACCUGGCAGUAAUGUUGUCUGAUUAACUGCCAGUGAUUCCAGUGAAGGAAGUUUGUUCCAAGUUAGCUGUCCUCGUCAUACGACAUUACUCUCAUUUUAAACCUCUGGGUAGUCAGAUUCCAAUUUGUGCCUUCCAGAAAGAACACUACUGCCUAACACAAAUACAGGCUGUGCCUUAUUUUGCUAUUUUUCUGAUUCCCUUUAAGAGAACUCUCUACUGUUUAUAAACACUGCUGACUCUUCCGCUGUUUUUAAAACAAGUUGCUGGUAAAGAGUUUUUGCUCCUGCGUUAGAUAUGAAGAUGUUUACUUUCUUGUUACUGUUGUUAUGUAUCACUUGCUAAAAAUAUUGUUUUAAUCAGAAAUAAUAACCUCGUUAACACAUUUUUAUAGAACUGUGGCUGUGACCAAAGUUUCUGUUUUGCCAAAAAGUUAAAUCCCAGUCAGAUGUCAAGUCUGUUCCUGGUAGAUAAAUUCAGAAAAGUGACCAGUGGGACUCAAGGUGCCCUUCAGAAUUAAAAUUGUAAUAUUGUGUGUGAACCUCUGACAUCCUGGCAGGCCUUUCUUGCCCUUGAAAGGCUGUAGGUCUUGCGACUCUCCUUCCCAUCCAGCAUUUUUCCUGGGGGUUAGAGAAGGUUUGAGCUCGACUGACCAUCUCAUUCCUGUAGACAAGAGUUUUACCCAGCCGUUUGCAGAUUAUCAGCUGUAGACUCUAAUAUGUUUCUAAUAAUUAUGUGAGCAACAGUUCUGUAGUCUUCAAGUGAGACCAUCUGUGAACUGGGCAUUUUCUGGUCCAGUCUCCACGGACGAUAGCUUUUUGGAGUUUGUUUCCUAUUUUGACCCAUAGUCCGCUUCCUAAAUCUGUCUUCUAAAUUAUGCUCUUGAUUAGGCAUUGGUCAGGGGGACGACUCUUUUUACAGAGGAUAGCUAACCGGAGACACUUUCUUUCUUCGAUGUCACAGACUGUCUGCAUAAGAUGCUGCUUUGGGAAUAGCUGUUGUCAUCUGAGAGGCUUUUGUUGUGUACGUGAGACUUUGGACAUCAGGGUGUGAGGCUUAAGGACAGGAAUUCAGGUAGGAAUGAAAACAGACGAGGCACUGAGGGGGAAAGGAGUCUUAACCACCCUGUGACUCACCGUUAGCGGGAUAUUCUAAAAUUCUUGUUCACACACUCGUUUGUGACUUACAAAGCAACAGUUAGGGUGCACCAGGACCCAGGUUCCAUUUCUUUAAUAUCUGUUCCCCUGACAUCAGUGAAAUGGUGUGAAGUUGAAACUAUGCCUUGCAGUGUGCCCACCUGGGAAGAAGGGAGCAGCUGCCAAGUAUCGGGACGUUGGCCCCCCCUCGGCUCAGGUCUCCGGCCGGGUCUGACCCUGAAACCUCGGUGCUCUCUCCUUGGCCUCGAUGCUCAGUCCCAUGUAACCCACUGGCUGCUGCGUUAACCCAGGAAUACUUCGCCUGUAUCUGUGCAUUUAGCUGGGAAGUCGCCCACUAUAAUAAACUGAAUAAAGUGUGUAUAAACAUAA